AUGGAUCUCAGCCCCAAGCACCGCGCUGAAGCCCUGCUUCUCAAGGCAGCCCGCGCGUACGGCAUCCCCGCCUCCAAGGAAGACGUGCAACACGCCCUAUCAGACGCUUCAUUCGUCGAAUGGGCGAAUCUGCAUCUCGGAAGCGAUCACCUCCUCACGGGUGAUGAGCUGGCACUGUCGACGGCUACGAUAUCGAAGCAGACUGAGACGUUGAAGCAGCAGCGUGAUGCGCUGGCGAGGUUGGUGAAGAAGCGGGACGAGGCGGAGACUCAGAGGAGGGAUCUUGAAGAGGUCCGUCUCAAUAAGACAAAACAUGCCUUGAAGAAAUUGGUGUUUGAGGUUGAUGGCGAGGCACAGAGUUUGGAGUAUCGUGUUGCAGAUCUGGAGCAGAUCGCUAAGGACUCGCGAUCGAAUCUUAAGAAGACGGUCGAUAUGAGUUUUCAGUCUGAUGAUAAGCUACUGUCGAGUUUGCAGAAGCUUGGGUGGGAACUCGAUCAGCAGGAUCCAGAGGAGGAGAAGACGAUUGAGAAGUUGAGGGAGACUUGUAUGAGGCUGAUCAAGACAACUGUUGAGACGUUGAGGACGAGAUUGGAUAGAAUAUACCUCGAGGCUAUCCUUGCAGCGGAGCGCUCGGGGGAUGUCAAAGCUGCUACUCAAGAAGAUGUCAAAGCUCUCGAGGAAGAGCUCGAGUCGCUGUACUCGGAAAUCUUGCCUGUUGCACAAAUGUCUGCUGAGCAGCAGCAUUUGGAACCAGCGCUGAAGGCUACGAAUGCUCAGAGUGGACAGAGCAUACAUCGUUCAGCAGUAGCAGUUUCUUACGUCAACGAGUGUCUUGACUACCUUGUAGAAAGAAUAACACUCCUCACAGACCGUGUCGAAACUCUCAAGUCCCACAAUGCCGCAGCAUCCUCCAUCAUCGCUACAGCCAAAGCAGAAGUUUCUGCCUCGCUAUCCCCAGAAAAGAAGAAGUCUCUUAGAGCCGCUAUUCCAGCAUCGCCCAUUCGCAACCCCUCACCUAUUCGUAUGCGCGCCAACACAGACGGUGCUCGUCGCGGCAACAAUAACAGACGUCGCUCAUCCGGUAUUCUUGACGAACCUGCAAUUGAAGCUCUUCUGCGUGACUUGGCGCUUUCGCUACCCGACGCAGAAGAAGCUUCCAUUCAAGACCAAGUAUCAGCUCUAAACAAGGCGUUCACCGAAAGAUCUGGCAAAACUACAGAUGUGGUGCGCAAUGCACAGGAUAGCUUUGAGACGAGUGUCACUUCGAGGUUGGACGAUGCGAGAUUGGCGAUUCAGCUUUUGCGUGAUAGUGUAUUGGCUGAGAGUCCGUUUGGGGAGAUUAAGAUGGUCGAUCCGGAGUUUGAGGGGUCGAUUGAGGUGUUGCGUCAAGAGGUGGAUAAGGUUAAGGAGAAGUUGGACGGCGUUGUGGCCAAAAAGGCGUUGGCGAAGAGUGUGAAGAAGGAUGAGUUUGUACAAAGAUGGGCAUCAUAG